AUGGGAGUGAAUAUCCAGUAUGUAAAAAAUGGUAGAGUUUGUUUGGCAACUUUAGCAAUGAAGGUCUUUUCAACAGAUGAUAUUGAGAAUGAACUUUUUAAUGAGGAUUUCAAAAAUAAUGAUAAUACAAACAAGGAAGUGGAAGAUUUUCAAGAAAUUGUAAUCAAUGCUUUAGAACCUAAAUCAAUAACACCAUGCAUACAAUGUUCUGUGCAUUCCUUACAAUUAUGUGUUCUGAGUGGUUUAAAAAAUGCACCUAUAACCAGUUGUAUAACUGAAGCUAGAAAGGUUGUAAAAAAGCUCAGAACCCCAAAAUAUGCUAGUUGGUUAAAAAGAAAACAUUUGAACUAUGCUGUCAUUGAUGUAGAGACUAGGUGGAAUUCUCUAUACAACAUGCUCUUCAGACUCUUAGAUUUGAAAGAAUUUUGUAAGCUGCACAAUGGAACAAAUCCAAAUAUCAAACUAAGGGAUUGUGAAUGGGAGUCCAUACAAAGUGUUGUUAAUGCCCUUAAUCCUGCAAAGACGGCUACACUUGCAUUACAAAAACAAGAUCUCAAUUUGGGUGAUUUUUAUGGUAUAUGGUUCAAACCUAUACAUGGAUUAAAUGCAGAUGGGUCAAUACUAGCUAAGACCAUAAAAAUAGCUAUGGAGAAAGAACUCAAAGAAAAAUAUUUGGAAAAUACCACAUUCUUAGCGGCAAUUUUUGUUGAUCCCAGAUAUCAGUGUUUACUGACUCGGGAUCAACAAAGUGUAGCUAUUAAUCGUCUUGUUGAGACUUGGGAGACUUUGCAGUUAUUAAAACAUAAGAAUCCUGAAUUGAAUAGUUCCAACUCAUCUUUUGAUGUUGCAGUUCAUAACGAGGUUGAUACAAAUGACCAACUAUCAGAUGAUUUUUUUGAAAAUUUUCUGUCUUCCCAAUCAUCUAAUCUAUCUCACGCAUUCCUUACAAUGAUAUCAUAA